ACUUUAAAAAAGAUUGUGCACGAAUCAAAGUCGAUCUUAUGAAGGUAAAACAGAUAAACCAAUUUUCAACAGGAGAUGGAGCAACAUACAACGACAAUCGUCAGGGGAAACAUCGUCGAGAUGUGGAUGAUGAAAAAAAGUUGAGUACUGAAGGAGCUACAAUUCCGGAAAAAAAGGUGAGAUUAAAUGAAACCCUCUCUCAAGAAAACGAAGAGGAAGCAACGACCGAGUAUUUUUUUGAAAAUUCCUCUCAAGGAAAUGAUGAGAAAAGAACCAUUCAGGAUGAUAUUGUAAGUAAUUAUUUAAUAAUACACUUUAACCAACAGAUGUUUAACACUUUGAUUGUUUUCUACCAGUUAACUGACAUCUUAGGAAAUACUGAACAUUCAGACACAGCAAAAGAAAUUUUUUCGAUUUAUAAGGCGCAAUACUCUAAUGGCAAUCUAAUUGACCUCCGACUGAAAUCGCCCUUUUUAAACAAACUUUCAAGACAAGUAGCAACAUCGUAUCUAACGGAAAUGGAUAACAUAACAGAAUCAUUGGUUCCCACAAAUGUUCAUGAAUUUCUUGUAAAUUUUUUUUCGCAAAACUUAACAACCGAGGAGUGGAAUUAUCAAAUCGAUGAUUUAAAAGCACCAAGAAAAGAUGAUUUUAUAAUGAAUGCAGUGGUACGAGUUUUACGUCGUACAUUGCCACAAUUGUAUAAUCCACUUUUAAAUAUUGCCACAAUAGAACAUGCGCAUCUUAAUGCUUUUGUUCACCCAUGUCUUGACGCUUCUUUGUGGUACAUUGCAGGUAUACAUUAUGAAUAUGGCGAGAUCCCAUCAAAAAAUCACGCUAAUGGUAAUCGUGCUGAUGGAGCUGGGUACAUGACAGAUGCUGAUAAAUAUCAGCUUAUUUAUGUUGAAGGCUCGAGACCAGUAACAAAAGAUAAAAAGGAAAUUGAUGAUAGUUUUCGUCUUCGGAUAUAUUUAUAUUUUCUUGAUUAUUGUGGUAUGUGUUUUCUUUCAAUUGAAAAAUUACACUGUAAGAAAUGUACUGAUGAUUUGUUACUAAAUAUUAAUUCAGGAACGUAUAGAUUAAACGAGCUAUUGGUUCGUGAUGUUACAACAUCUUUUGAUGAUGCACGAGUCGAACAAAGACCUUCGCGACUUUCGUACGCAAAUGCUCUUCAACUGAGUUGA